GCUUGGCCUUCCUCACUCAUUGAUCAGCUUCUGAGUGUCUCUUCAGCUUCAGCACAGUAUAUAGCCAGUCAAGCGACAGAUGGUGGUCUUGUGGUUCGUGAAGUUUGCGACGAGAAACAAAUUGACCAAGACACCAAGUAGACACAAAGCAGCAAGAGUUCUGUACAAGGGGGCCCAGAUAGCAAUGGCAAGCCUGCAGCCCAAUCAGACCCUCUACGUCAACAACCUCAACGACCGCAUCACAAAGCAAGAUCUCAAACUUGCACUCUAUGCGUUUUUCAGUACCCAUGGCACAGUCCUCGAUAUAGUCUGUCUCAAGACACCCAAGAUGCGUGGACAAGCGCAUAUCGUCUUUCGCGAUAUAUUAUCAGCAACGGAUGCGCUCAAAGCAGGACAAGGUGUCGAGAUGCUUGGGAAACCGAUGAGGGUUGCCUACGCAAGAGGUGUGAGUGAUUACAUCAAGAAAUUAGAAGGGACCUAUGUCAUGCCGUUGCCGGACCGUGCUAUGGAUGAUUCUGAUGAUGAGGGAGGAGAGACAGAUGCGCCUCGAGGUACGAAACGGUCUCGUGAUGCAGAAGAAGAGGAAGAAUGAAAACCACAGCUCUGGAUGACUCUACAAAUCUGUCUGUCUAGGCAUGGCCAGACGCGGUCUUGCAGCAGGCAUGGCCUUGUUUGUACGCGGCAGAACAGGUGCUGGCGUUGGUUCAGCAGGCGUGUGCAGCGGUAAGCGCAUGAAGGCUGCCGCGCCACCUCGACAAUCAUUAUCGAUA